AUGGAUUCUCCUCCGCCUAAGUCUCUUCAUUCAAACAGCUGUUCUCCCACAUCAGUCCUCUUCGAUGAACUCAUCACUGAAAUUUUAUCGUGGCUUCCUGUCAAAACUCUUAUGCAAUUCAAAUGUGUUUGUAAAUCAUGGACAACCCUGAUUUCUCAUGAUCCUUCCUUCACCAAAUUGCACCUUUACCGGUCGCGACGGAACACCCACCUAGCACUAUUUUCAGACCAGUUGAUAUCGGAUAUUAGAGUCCAAAUCAUUCCCGUAAGUCGUCUGCUGGAGAAUAUGUUGAGAAAUAUCGCCAUUCCCAACGAUCCUUACUACUCAAUUAGUAAUACGGAUUGUUUUUUCGUCGUUGGAUCCUGCAAUGGAUUACUCUUUUUGCAAGGUAAUUCUUUGCCUAUUGAGCCUCACAACGUCUGGUUACGUUUCUGGAACCCAGCCACAAAGACAUUAUCUGAAAAAAUAGGGUAUUCAACUAAAUUUUUUAAGUUAACAUUUGGCUAUGAUAUUUCAAAUGACACUUAUAAGGUGGUGUCCUACAAUGCCAAUGAGGUGAAAGUUUUUAGUUUGAGUGAUAAUGUUUGGAGAGAUAUUCCAAGUUUACCGAUUGUUCCUCACCAGUCUAUGAGAGAUGGUGUGUAUGUGAGUGGAUCUAUUAACUGGUUGGCUAUUCAAAAUAUUACUAAAUAUAAAUGGAAUGAUAUUAGAAUCGAGCAAUUUGUGAUUAUUUCACUUGAUCUGGGUACGGAGACAUAUCAACAGUUUUUGCCACCUCGUGGUUUUGUUGAAGUACCACCUGCUGAGCCAUCCGUUACUGUAUUGAUGGAUUGUCUAUGUUUUUCUCACAAUCUCAAAAGGACCCAUUUUGUUUUAUGGCAGAUGAUGGAAUUUGGAGUUGAGGAGUCUUGGACUCCAUUCCUCAAAAUUAGUUUUCAGGAUCUUCACAUUGAUUAUAACGAUCAAUUGUUCGUGUUACCAUUGUGUGUUUCUAAGAUUAGCGACACAAUUAUAAUGGUAAGCAAUCAAGACCCCUAUGAUAACCAACAUCUAUUUGUCUAUAAUUGGAGAGAUAAAAGAGUAGAGCAUAUUAAAUCUGUCAACAAUAGAAUAUGGUGGUUUUUUGCUAGGAAUUAUGUUGAAAGCUUAGUUUCAACCUCUUGA